AUUUCUUUUUCCCUUUCAUUCAUUGAUUCGGGACGAUACUUCAGAGCAGUUAUUGGAGUACAUUUAUUUAUUUUUGUUUCUGCUUCGAUUCUUACGAUUUCUCCUCUCGAUCGUUUCGUCACAGCUUUGGCCUUGGGAUUGCAGAACACAUUAGCUAGGGUUUCUUUCUAGUGGAGUUCUGCGGAAACCUAUGCUGAAUGAUUCGACAUUGAUGUAUUUUGUCCCUAGCUAGAUGUUUUUCUGGAGAUCAUUUCGUUAUGUUUCGUUUGAUUCAGUGGACUCAGUGUUCCGAUUGCUGAGGAGAAAGGUCGGAUGAAGCGGCUGAGUGGGUUGGGCAUUAGAUAUGGAGGUUAGAUCGGAGGCUUUAUCUUUGCGGUGUGAUAAGCUUCCAACCUCCGUGCUUCCCAAGACUCGUUUGCAACUUUGGUUCAUUCGCGUCUGUUCCAGCAUUUUGUUAUGGACUUGCUUUGUUCACCUGGUCCAGGUAUCAAGGUUCACUUACUCACACCGUAAGGAAGGGUCUUCUCCAAUUACCCCUCCAAUAAUGCACCGGCAGCUUUUACCUCCAAGUGAGACCGCUCCACUGCACCUGCAGCUUCUGCCUAUAAGUGAGACUGCUUCAAUUCCCCGGCAGCUGCCUACUCCAACUGAGUCCGCUGCAAUUCCCCGGCGGCUCCCACCUCCAAGAAUCUAUAAAAGCAAUGGUUAUCUUAAAGUGUCUUGCAAUGGAGGCUUGAAUCAAAUGCGUGCUGGGAUCUGUGACAUGGUGACAGUUGCUCGGCUUUUGAACCUCACCUUGGUUGUUCCAGAGCUUGACAAGACUUCUUUCUGGGCAGACCCCAGCAAUUUUGGUGACAUAUUUAAUGUGAAACACUUCAUUAAUUCCUUGAGAGAUGAAGUCCAAAUCAUCAGGAGGAUGCCAAAGAGGCUUAGUAGGAAAACUGCAUAUAAACCUUUAGUGAUGCCACCAGUGAGCUGGUCGAGUGAAAAAUAUUACUUGGAGAAGAUCUUGCCACUUCUAAGCAGGUAUAAAGUGAUUCACUUUAUUAAAACAGAUACACGUCUGGCAAAUAAUGAGCUCCCUAUCAACCUUCAGAUGCUCAGGUGCCGUGUUAAUUUUGAGGCGUUGAAAUUCACUCCUCAGAUUGAGGCCUUGGGGCACAAAUUGGUUCAAAUUCUUCAACAGAGGGGAUCAUUUGUAGCAUUGCAUCUGAGAUAUGAGAUGGACAUGUUAGCUUUCUCAGGUUGUACUCAAGGCUGCACUGAAGAAGAAGCAGAGGAGCUGAAGAGGAUGAGAUAUGCAUAUCCUUGGUGGAAAGAGAAAGAAAUAGUAUCUGCAGAGAGGAGAUCCCUAGGUUUGUGCCCUCUUACACCAGAGGAAGCUGCUUUAGUUUUGCAAGCAUUAGGCUUCCAGAAGGACACUUAUAUUUACAUUGCUUCUGGUGAGAUAUAUGGUAGCAAACGGAGGCUUGCUGCACUAAAAGAUGUUUUUCCUCGGAUUGUGAAAAAGGAGAUGCUAUUAGAUCCAAAGGAUCUGCAACAAUUCCAGAACCACUCUUCUCAAAUGGCAGCCUUGGAUUUUAUGGUUUCAGUUGCUAGUGACAUUUUCAUCCCCACUUAUGAUGGAAACAUGGCGAAACUUGUUGAAGGUCACCGCAGGUACUUUGGGUUUAAGAAGACCAUCCUGUUGGAUCGAAAAAGGCUUGUUGAGCUGCUUGAUUUGCACCAGAAUAGGACACUUUCAUGGAAAGAGUUUGUAAUUGCUGUUAGGUUGGCACAUGAGAAAAGUGUAGGACAACCUGCUCACCGGAGAGUUAUUGUGGACAAGCCAAAGGAGGAAGAUUAUUUCUAUGCUAACCCGCAAGAGUGUCUCUGCAUAAGGACAGAUUGCAUUGGAUUAUUAAGUCCAGUUAACUCAAGUGUUAUCCAAUAAGGUCCGAGUAAAUCUAAGGCUCGGAGGUUGUAAAUUCCAUAAUUCCUCUCCCGCAGAUCGCAAGAUGGGAACUAGGAACCCUGUUUAUGACAUGGCAUCGAUUAAUGCAAGUGUAUUCCCUACUUGAUCAGCCAUGUAAGUUACUGAAAGAAAAGAAAGCUGAUGUUCUUAAAUUUCAC